AUGGAGGGCGACGUAGUUUCCAUGGAAACUGCCCUGGCUCCGGAAGGCGGGGUUCUGCCCGAAGCCGGGGACGCCGUGAUCCAAGGAACAGCAGGUGCUUCGCAGGCGGUGGAGGUUCCGGGCAACAUGGAGAUGAUGGUGAUGGAUGCGCUGGAUCCGGCCCUCUUACAAAUGAAGACAGAGGUGUUGGAGGGAGGAGGCACAGUUACUGUAACCGGUGGGGAUGAGGGUCAGAUCAUCACCCUUCAGGUUGUCAAUAUGGAAGAACAGGCUGGUGCUGCUCUAGGACUUGGACAGCUUCAACUAGUGCAGGUUCCAGUCACUUCAACUUCAGUAGAUGGCCUCCAAGCAACAUAUGUAGAUGGAUCAGCCAAUAAAGAUGCAGAGCCAGUUAUCUGUCACACCCUGCCCUUGCCUGAAGGCUUCCAGGUGGUAAAAGUGGGAGCCAACGGUGAAGUGGAAACGGUAGAGCAAGAGGAGCUUCAUGCAGUCCACGAAGAGCUCCAAGCAACAAGGGCAGAAGAGGAACAGGAGGACGGCGACGUGGCCGAGCAGGAACCCCCAGAGUCUCAGCCCGGGUGGCAGAAGGACCCAGACUACCAGCCCAUUGCAACGGUCCGCAAAGGAAAGAAGGGAAAAAAGAGCCGCCUGCGCUAUGCAGAGGGUGACAGAGACAUGGAUGUGUCCGUGUACGACUUUGAGGAAGAGCAACAGGAGGGGCUGCUGUCAGAGGUCAAUGCAGAGAAGGUAGUUGGAAACAUGAAGCCCCCCAAGCCCACCAAGAUCAAGAAAAAGGGUGUGAAGAAGACCUUCCAGUGUGAACUGUGUAGCUAUACGUGUCCACGACGCUCCAACCUGGACCGACAUAUGAAAAGUCACACGGACGAAAGGCCGCACAAAUGUCAUUUGUGCGGAAGGGCCUUCAGAACAGUCACACUGCUGAGAAACCAUCUCAACACUCACACAGGCACUCGGCCACACAAAUGCACAGAUUGCGACAUGGCCUUUGUGACCAGUGGAGAAUUGGUGCGUCAUCGUCGUUACAAGCACACGCACGAGAAGCCCUUCAAGUGCUCAAUGUGUGACUAUUGCAGUGUGGAGGUGAGUAAAUUGAAGCGCCACAUCCGCUCUCACACCGGGGAGCGGCCCUUCCAAUGCAGUCUGUGCAGCUACGCUAGCAGGGACACAUACAAGCUGAAAAGACACAUGAGGACACACUCAGGUGAGAAGCCGUAUGAGUGCUACAUCUGCCAUGCUCGUUUCACCCAGAGCGGCACCAUGAAGAUGCACAUUCUACAGAAACACACGGAGAAUGUGGCUAAGUUCCAUUGUCCACAUUGUGACACCGUCAUCGCCCGCAAGAGCGACCUCGGGGUUCACUUAAGAAAACAGCAUUCAUUUAUCGAGAAGGGAAAGAAGUGUCGUUACUGUGACGCUGUGUUCCACGAGCGAUACGCUCUCAUCCAGCACCAGAAGACUCACAAGAAUGAGAAACGAUUCAAGUGCGACCAAUGCGAUUACUGCUGCAAACAGGAACGCCACAUGAUCAUGCACAAGCGUACGCACACCGGAGAGAAGCCUUUUGCCUGUAGUCAGUGCGAGAAAACAUUCAGACAGAAGCAGCUUCUGGACAUGCACUUCAAACGCUACCACGACCCCAACUUUGUGCCCACCGCCUUCGUCUGCAGCAAGUGUACCAAGACGUUCACCCGCCGGAACACCAUGCUGCGCCAUGCUGAGAACUGCAUGGGUGAUGUUACCGGAGACCAAAAUGGAACGCCACCCAAAAAGGGUCGACGGGGAAGGAAGAGGAAGAUGCAGGACAGGCCUGAUGAUGAUGAAGAGGACACAGAACCUGAUCUGGAUGAGCUUGAAGAUGAUGAGGAUUUGUUAGAUGAUAUCGAAUUGGAACAAGCUCCACCGGUAGUUCCCGUUGCCGCUCCUGAAGAACCACCGGUCAAGAGGAAGCGUGGUCGCCCCCCAAAGAACAAACCAAAUGUGGCCGCCGUCAUCCAAGUGGAGGAUGAGACCACUGAACAGGUGGAAGACAUCAUUGUGAAAAAGGAAGUGGGUGCCGAACCAGACGACAUAGAAGAGGAAGGGGCCACGCAGGAGGUGGUUGUCGGCGAAGGCGACGCCACCAUUCAGCUGGAGGAGCUAUCCCAGGAACAGGAGAUGCAGCUGUCAGAGGCACCGCCUAACGGAGACCUCACCCCUGAGAUGAUCCUUAGUAUGAUGGACCGGUGA